AUGGAGGAGAGCUGGGCCAGGGAGCCCGAGGCCUGGGGCCCCUCCGGGAGGUGGCCGGCGCCCCGGGAGGCCAGGGCAGGCCCGACGCUGUCCUCGGUGCUGAACGCGCUGCCCAGCGCUGCUGCCCUCCGGCACCGCGGCCCCAGGGAGCUGCCCUGGGGGGCGCUGGAGGGGGAGGGGGAGGAUGGAGAGAGGAGCGUCCAGGCCUUCGCAGAAGCCGCCCAGGAGCUGCAGGACCCCGUCCCUUCCCGGGAGCUGCCCUGGCCCAUGCAGGCCCGGCGGGCGCACAGGCAGCGCCACGCCAGGGACCAAAUGGCUCUGGGCUCCGGGUCCAGGAUGGCCAGCUGGGCCCUGCUGCUUCGGAGGUCCAAGGAGAAGAUGCGAGAAGGCUGGCACACCCUGGAGCCCUGGGGGUGGACGCUGAAGAGGAUCGGGGGCCAGUUUGGCGCGGGCACGGAGUCCUACUUCCUGCUGCUGCGCUUCCUGCUGUUUCUGAACGUGCUGGCCUCGGUGCUGAAGGUCUGCAUGACGCUGCUGCCCACCUGGCUGGACGGCGGCCCCGAGGACCCCCCUGGCCCUGACCACAACUCUUCCUGCGGCUCCUACAACCCUCACCCCCAGGGCCUGGUGUCCUUCUCCACCCAGCUCUUCCACCUGCUCUCCGGGGAGGGCUUCCUGGAGUGGUCCCCGCUCUUUUACGGGUUCUACCCGCCCCGCCGGACCCUGGCCAUCACCUACCUCUGCUCCACCUUCGCCAUCGGCCUCCUGUCGCUGCUGCUGAUCCUGCGCCGCUCGGUGUCCGGGCUGAAGCAGACGCUGCUGGCCGAGUCCGGGGUGCUGACCAGCUACAGCCACCGCGUCUUCUCCGCCUGGGACUUCGGCCUCCGCGGCGAGGUCCACGUGCAGCUGCGCAGGCGCCGCCUCCGCUACGAGCUGCAGGUGGAGCUGGAGGAGGCGCAGGUGCGGCUUCGGGCCGCGGGGCGGACGCUGGGCCAGCAGGCCAGGGUGUGGGCGCUGCGGCUGCUGCUCAACCUGCUGGUGUUGGCGCUCCUGGGCGCGGCCUUCUACGGCAUCUUCUGGGCGACAGGCUACUCCUCCGAGCUGAAGAAGCUGGAUCUUGUCAAAGGGACGCCGCUGCUGGCGCUCGGGGUGAAUUACAUCACAUCCGUCUUCAUCUCGGGGGUCAACCUGGUGCUGCCGCCCCUGUUCAAGCUCAUCACCUCGCUCGAGGGCUACACCCGAAGCCGCCAGAUCGUCCUCAUCCUCCUCAGGACCGUGUUUCUGCGCCUGGCCUCCCUGCUGGUCGCAAUGGUCUCUCUCCGGAAUAAGGUCAUGUGUGGGGGCAACACAGAGGACAAGAACUGCAAGGCCUGCGGCUACAAUUACAAGGAGUAUCCGUGCUGGGAGACCCGGAUGGGGCAGGAGAUGUACAAACUCCUGCUUUUUGAUCUGCUGAUUGGCCUGGCCGUCAUGCUCCUCAUCCAGUUCCCUCGGAAGCUGCUCUGCGGUCUCCGUCCCGGGUUGCUGGGGCGCUUGGGGACCCAGGAAUUCCAGGUGCCCGACGAGGUGCUGGGGCUCAUCUACGCGCAGACGGUGGUCUGGAUGGGCAGUUUUUUCUGCCCGCUCCUGCCCCUGCUCAACUCAGCCAAGUUCCUGCUGCUCUUCUACCUGAAAAAGCUCACCCUCUUCUCCAACUGCUCGCCGGCCUCCCGCACCUUCCGGGCCUCCACGGCGAACUUCUUUUUCCCCAUGGUGCUCCUCCUGGGGCUGGCCGUCUCCGCCAUCCCGGUGCUGUUCAGCAUCUUCCUGAUCCGGCCCUCGCAGCUGUGUGGUCCGUUCCGGGAGCAGGAGUUCAUCUGGAACCAGAUCCCCGAGUCUAUUGGCAGGCUCCCUCAGGGCACCCAGGACUUCCUCUUCUUCCUGGGGUCCCAGGCUUUUGCUGUGCCCCUCCUGCUGGUCUCCAGCAUCCUGAUGGCGUAUACCCUGGCCCUGGCUAACUCGUACGGAUGCCUCAUUUCGGAGCUCAAACGGCAGAUAGAGAAGGAGACGCAGAAUAAAGUCUUCCUGGCCCAGCGCGCCGUGGCGCUGAGCUCGGACCCGGGGGCCCUGUGA